CCUACACUGCACCGCCGAUCCCUUUGACCCUCAUCCCCUAUGUACAACAAUUUCCCGCCCGAUACAUAUGACACAAAGGAGAGUAAAGCAGCAGCAGCAGCAGCAGCAGCAGCAGCAUUGAUAACGGGGUAUCUGUGUCGUGGCGUAUCGUGUCGGCGUAGGCCUUGCUUUGCUUUGCUUUGCUUUACGCAUCCUCUGACCUGCUUGACACUCGACUGUCACUCACGGCUGCUACUACGCUUGGCCACCAUAGGUAGCAUACAUAGCAUAGCCCAACCGAGCCCUCACUCUCUCUCUCUCACUCACUCCCCAUGUUCUCGUCAUAGCCCCUCCUCUCUCACUCUCACUCUCCCUAUCUUUCCCUUCCGCUCCUUUAUUUCCUUCUUUCCCCAACCCGCCCAGGUCCGCCGCCGAUCCCCCAAAAGCUUUAUUUCUCUUUCCUUCUUUUGCUUCUCUCCCUCGCCCAUUUGCUUGCUUGCGCAGCGAGGGAGUCGGGUCAAUCUCUCACUAAGACAAGGUUAUUCGACUGCCAAGCCUCACACUGCAUCAGCGAGGUUUGCACCAAGGGUAAGUUCGUCUCGCCCCCCCAAAUUCUACCUUUACUUCUUGAACCCCCACGGCGCCGUAUUCUUAGGUACUUCUUCUCUACCACUUACGCGCCCGUAUCUCUUUCUCUCUUUCUCUCACUCUCUCUUCCCCUUCCUGUAAGGGCGAACCAGGAUAAACCAACAAAAAAAGAGAUGCACAUCGAAGGAGGGGGAAAGAAAGCACCUUGAAACUGACGUCGGUCCGGCCUGUGUGUAGUCAUCUUCUCCCUUCACCCCCCAUCCUGCGCGCCUACG